AUGGCUCUUUUUCCCGCAUUACCGUGGAUAUUUGGCUCGCUAAUCGCCACAGUUGACAUUAUCCAUUCCACAGCGACGGCACAAGAGGCCCCCAGACUGCAGCCAUUUUACUUCCCCAAGGACCAUCCGCUGCUCGAGACCCUCGUGGUGUCCUGCAUCGCGAUACGGGGCACGCAGCCGGUGCAGUUCGCCUGGUUUAAGGACGGACUGCCCGUGAACAGCGACGGAGGCCGCGCAGUGCCCCAACAGUUGUCGGCAACGCUGUCGACGCUCACGAUUUCGCAAGUCACGGCGCAAGACGUUGGAAACUACACGUGUCGCGCUUCCAACGAGGUCGGCAGCGACAGCUACAGCGCUGAGCUGCUCGUCACAGACCAGCCGCGCAUCCAGCCUCUGGCUUUCCCGCCGAGCGUCAGUGUCGGACAGGAAGUCAGCGUCACGUGCGUGGCUGCGUUGGGGAGGAAGCCCUUCCGGUUUGCCUGGAUGCAGGACGGCCAGUUUCUCGUAAACAAUGAGAGGAAGUACUUUCGGACCGUCGUCGACAACGUGGUCAUGCUGACCAUCGAGCGCGUGACCGCCGAUGACGUCGGCAACUACACGUGCACCGUCACCAAUGGGUUCGGCAGCGACAGCGCCACGGCGCCGUUGAUAGUCGAAGUGUUGCGCAUAAUAUUCAAAGGAUUCGCGGUUGUCGUCAAAAAUCUCGCCGAUGCUCGGGACUUCCCGUUCGCGUACGGCCUCUCCACGGAGAGAGUCCGAAGAGACGCGCUCACCGGCUCCAAGCAUUCUUCGUUCCCGCCGGAGAUACAGCCGUUCGCGUUCUCGAGGAACACAGCCCUGGGUCAGAGGGCCACCGUGGCCUGCGUGGUGAUCGGCGGUGCGGGGCCCUUUCGCUUCGCGUGGAGCCACAACAACCGUCCAGUGAGCGUCGGCAACGGGGCUGCGAAGUACAUCAAGGAGGACACCGAGAACAUCGCCACUCUGACGUUGGAGAAGGUGUCGGCCGAAGACCUCGGCAACUACACGUGCACGGUGACCAACGCGCACGGCUCCGACAGCUACACCGCGUCGCUCGUCGUCGAAGGCCUGCCAGCAAUCAUGCCGUUCUCAUUUCCGGAGAACGUCCGGCUCGGUCAGAAGAUUACGGUUAUGUGCGUCGUUUCGAGUGGUGCCGGACCCUUCCGAUACGCCUGGAAGCACGGUGGAACCGCGCUGACCGACAGUUCGAGAAAGCACGUCAAAGUUCUGGCCGAGAACGCGGCCGCACUGACCAUCGAAGCCGUGGGCGCUGAAGAUUUCGGAAACUACACGUGCACGGUGUCCAACACCGUUGGAAGCGCUACCUAUGCAGCCGCACUCUUUGUCGAGGUGCUUGCCUACUUCUACUCCUCAGCGCCGCCAGUCAUCAUGCCAAUCUCAUUCGCAAAAGAUGUCUCCCUGGGAGACAGGAUCGCGCUGACCUGCGCCGUGACACGGGGCACGGGACCGUUCGAGAUUCGCUGGACUCACGAUGGCAAGCCCAUCGGCGACACGAAGAAGACCAAGUACGCCACAGCCGUGACGGAGAGCAUAACCACCAUGACCAUCGAGAAAGUACAGCCCGGAGACAUGGGAAACUACACGUGCACCGUAACCAAUGACGUCGGCAGAGACGCCGUGACGGCAACGCUGCUCGUCGAAGAGGCUCCUCAGAUUCAACCGUUCGCCUUCCCGAAGGACCCACGUGCCAAUUCCAAGAUCGUGGUUUCCUGCAACGCUCACGUGGGGACGGAACCGAUUAGUUUUGCCUGGUUUAAGAACGGACAGCGAGUGACUGUGGGGACCAAGGUUAACGCUAAGGUGCUUAGCGAGACGGUCAGCAUCCUGACGCUACUGGACGUGUCGGCGGAGGAUGUCGGCAACUACACCUGCCAAGCCACAAACCGCUUCGGCACGGACAGCGUAACUGCGGGGCUUGCGCUAACAGCCGAGCCGCCAAAGAUUCAGCCUUUCAGCUUCCCCACCAACCUAGUCGGGAGAAUGAAAGUGAUCGUUUACUGCGCGGUGCUGGAAGGCAGCGAACCGCUCAUUUUUUCCUGGACGAAGGACGGCCACAAGCUUGUGAACAAGGGAAGACUCCACGUCAAGCAGCUCUCCGAGACGGGGUCUUCGUUGACGAUCACCACAGUGGGCGCCGAGGACAUCGGCAACUACACGUGCACCGUCAGCAACGUUGCCGGGUAUGACAGCGCGACCUCAGAGUUGCUGGUCAAGGAUCCUCCCAGGCUGCAGCCUUUCUAUUUUCCGAAGGAACACCCGCCGGGAGAUACCGUAGUGGUGACCUGCGUUGCAAGCAGAGGCUCUCAGCCGAUUGAAUUUGUUUGGCUGAAGAACGGCGUUCACCUCGGGCUGGGAAGCGAGAAAGCGGUGCCCAAGAUGUUCACUGAAUCCGUGUCGGUCCUGACCAUCCCCGAAGUGAGCGCAGCGGACGUGGCCAACUACACGUGCCGUGCGAGCAAUGCUGCUGGAAGCGACAGCUAUACAGCGGAGCUAAUCGUGACCGAGGGCCCGAAGAUUCAGCCCUUCUCUUUUCCAAACGACGCGCAGUUGGGCAAGGAGGCCGCCGUGUCCUGCUUCGCGGUGCGAGGCCACCAGCCUCUGAAGUUCUCGUGGCUGAAGAACGGCGUCCGAGUCGACGGAAUUUCGAACGUAGAGGCCGAAGAAAUCGCCGGAAAGAUUUCCACCCUGACGCUGAAGAAAGUUUCAGCCGCGGACAUCGGCAACUACACCUGCCGCGUCUCCAACGUCGCCGGAACCGACGAAUUCACGACUUCUCUGGUCGUCAAUGUCGAGCCGCCGAAAGUACAGCCUUUUAGUUUUCCGACGACGAAGGCCAUGCCGAAGAAGGUUGUCGUACACUGCAGUGCUGUCGAAGGCAGCGAACCAUUCGAGUUCUCCUGGAUCAAAGACGGCGCGAGGCUCGAAUCCAAUUCAAGGAUGGAAGUCAAGCAGCUCUCGGAAACACUGUCCACAUUGACCAUCAACAAAGCAGGCGCCGAGGACAUCGGAAACUACACAUGCAUCGUCAGGAAUGCGGCGGGUUCGGACGCUGCGACCUCCCAGCUUCUUGUAACCGAGGCCCCCCAGAUUCAACCAUUCGCAUUCCCCAAAGAUCCUCGCGCCAACUCCAAGAUCGUAGUUUCCUGCAGUGCCCACAUUGGUACGGAACCGAUCAGUUUCGCCUGGUUUAAGAACGGACAGCGCGUGGUUUCGGGCACCAAGGUUCAGGUCAAGGCGUUCAGCGAGACGGUGAACAUCCUGGCGCUACUGGAUGUGACAUCAGAUGACGCUGGAAACUACACCUGCCGAGCCACCAACAGCUUCGGUACAGACAGCUUGACGGCAGAGCUUGUGCUUACAGAUGUUCCCAAGAUACAACCGUUCUUUUUCCCAAAGAACCACCCCAUGGGAAAAGACGUUACAGUCUCUUGCUUCGCGUCGGAAGGGCAGCCGCCGCUGUCGUUCUCAUGGCUCAAAGACGGUGCGAAGAUUGUCAGUGGAUCAAAGUUUGCCGUCAAGCAACCACUAGACAAGAUGUCGACACUGACAAUUCACGAAGUCGCAGCGGCCGACAUCGGCAACUACACCUGCGAAGCCAAGAACGACGCCGGAAGGGACAGAACCACCGCAAGUCUUGUAAUAACUGAUGCGCCAAGGGUGCAGCCAUUCGUGUUUCCCAGAGAGAGCGUGCUGGGAGAAACACUUAUGGUCAUGUGCGUCGCCAACCGAGGCGCCCAGCCGAUGCAGUUCUCAUGGCUGAAGAACGGCGUCGCGCUGGAGGAGGGAAACAAAGCGACGCCGAAGAUGUUCACCGAGUCUGUGUCCGCGCUGAGCAUCCGGGACGUGGGCGCUGAAGACGUGGCCAACUACACCUGCCGGGCAACCAACUCGGCGGGGAGCGACAGCUACACUGCGGAGCUCGUCGUCACUGACGCCCCCAAAAUUCAGCCAUUUGCAUUUCCGAGUGACGAACAGUUGGGUAAGGACGUCACCGUGUCUUGCUUCGCGAUGCGGGGGCACCAGCCUCUGAAGUUCUCGUGGCUCAAGAACGGCGCUCGAGUCGAAAGCACCUCGGACGUCGAGGAAAUCGGCGGCAAGAUGUCCACACUGACCGUACGGCAACUUUCCGCGGCGGACUUCGGCAACUACACUUGUCGCGUUUCCAACGCUGCCGGGACGGACGAAUUCACGACUACGUUGGUCGUAAACGUCGAGCCGCCCAGAAUUCAGCCGUUCAACUUCCCCACCAGCAAAGCCAUGCCCAAGAAGGUGGUCGUGCACUGCGUCGUAAUCGAAGGAAGCGAACCUUUCGAGCUUGCGUGGCUGAGAGACGGCGCGAGACUUCCGAGCAGCAACAGCGAUCAUGCGAGGGUUCGAGUGAAGCAGGUCUCGGAGGCCGUGUCUUCGCUCACCAUCUUCAGGGCAGGCGCCGAGGACAUCGGCAACUACACAUGCGUCGCGACCAACUCGGCGGGCUCCGACAGUGUCACCUCCGAGCUACUCGUUACCGUAAAGGUCGACCCUGCGUUUAGAUUCUGCAAGCUUUCCAAUAGAUUUAACUACAGCCAUCGGAUUCUCCACUCGUCGACAGAUGUUCCGAAGCUGGUUCCCUUCAGCUUUCCCAAGGAGCAGCAGAUUGGAGCUGCUGUGGCCGUCACCUGCAUCGCCAGCCGCGGCACGCAGCCCCUGAUAUUCACCUGGCUCAAGGACGGCCUUCCCAUCGACCCCCGCGGAAAGGCAGCUCCCAAGACGCUCUCCGAGUCCAUCUCGGCGCUUACCAUUGCCAGAGUGCACGCCGACGACGUCGCCAACUACACGUGUCGGGUUGAGAACGACGCCGGAAGCGAUAGCUACACUGCCGAACUGGUUGUCGCUGAACCUCCUAAAUUACAACCUCUUGCGUUGCCGAGAAACCCGGCGCUGAAUAAGAAGCUCGUACUGUCCUGCGUUGCCACGGAAGGAGACCCUCCGUUGGAGUUCGCGUGGACCAAGGACGGCCUUACAGAGCCCGAAGGGAAGAGGUAUUCCACGACAGUCCUGGCUUCCCACAUUUCGUCGCUGACGAUCCUCGAGCUGACGGCGCAGGACGUAGGCAACUACACGUGCCACGUUUCAAACUCGGCCGGAACGGAUAGUUCCACGGCUUCCCUCGUAGUGCACGCGUCUCCUUGCGGUGUGAACGGCACCUUUGAGAAGUCGGCAGCACUUUCACCGGCCGAGUGCUUCACCACACACCCCAUACGUGGCGCCACCUGUCCCACGGCGACUUCGUCCUUCGUCAUGCAGGCGUACGCGUCGCCCGUGCGCCGCUACCAGUCACACAGUUCAAUCCCACAGACUCACUACGUGUCCUGCGCGAAGUCUUCGUCGUGCGUCAUGCUGAAGUUCGUCAUUUCGCUCGCUUUACUGGCGACUUCCUUCGUCAAGGCUGGAGGCACAGAGGCUCCCAAGGUUCUGCCGUUCAGCUUUCCCAAGGAACACCGCAUCGGAGACGCCCUGGCCGUCACGUGCGUCGCGAGUCGCGGCUCUCGGCCGCUCGCCUUCGCGUGGCUCAAGAACGGCGCUCCCGUGACGUCGGGCCACAAGGCUGCGCCCAAGAUGCUAACGGAGUCCAUCUCUGCGCUCACGAUGUCCAGCGUGGACGCGGACGACAUCGCAAACUACACGUGCCGCGUCACCAACGCCGCCGGAAGCGACAGCUACACGGCCGAACUGGUCGUUGCUGAACCACCGAAGCUGCAGCCAUUCGUGUUUCCGCGAAGCCCACUCCUGAAGAAGAAAGUCGUAGUGUCCUGCGUUGCGGUCGAAGGAGACGCUCCGCUCCAGUUCACGUGGUCGAAGGACGGCGGAGCGGAACGCGACCGGAAGAGGUACACCGUCGACACUCUCACUUCACACAUUUCGUCGUUGACGAUACCCGAAGUGACGGCGCAGGACAUCGGGAACUACACGUGCCGAGUGUCCAACGCCGCCGGAACGGACAGCUUCACGGCGUCCCUUCUCGUGCAGGGUCAGUGGUGUAGAGAAGCCAAGCUGUUGCUCGGAGUGUAA